AGAGGGAAAGGGGAGGUGUGUAAAGGAAAAGAGGAGAGACCAUUUAGCUCACUGUAGCUAACUUUUUUCAGACGUGACAUGCUCGCCAAUUGGCAAACGUAUUUUUAAUGUAACGUGGAAAUUGUGAAUAUACGUUUUUAACUGAAAUAGCUAAUCUCAAGCAAGCUCUGCUUAGUUGUGCAUGCAAAUAACGGCGAUUAAUAGUUAUUGGUGACGGGGACGACAACUGGACUGAUUUUGAAUAACCGUCACUCUUUUUGUAAAACAGCAAUGUGACAAGUUUUUGCCAACUGUAUUUGCAUUAUAACCGCUUUUUCCCCUGCUGCCUUGAGUUACGGUACUUUUUCGCGUUAGGUUAUACGCCUGACAGUUAAGACGGAAACCGAUCCACGUAGCCGAAAGAAGUCGGCGCCCAAUCGGUUCUGAUGGACUCCAGAUAAGAGCACCAAUCUUCUUCCUCCGGUCUCAUCCUCCUCCACCUUGUCUGCCUGGUGUUCUGGUUGGUUGGUGAGAGCCCCAGGAUGACAGACCCUGGCGGGGUUGAGGGGGCGGGCCUUGCCGAGGUGGACGCCUGCAGCCUGGAGAUUGAAAGGAAGUAUGAGGUCAUCCCGGCUGUCAUCUGCUCCAUGUGUUGCCUGUUUGGCAUCAUCUACUGCUUCUUCGGCUACCGCUGCUUCAAGGCGGUCAUGUUCCUGUCGGGCCUGAUGUUCGGCUCGGUCAUCAUCUUCCUGCUGUGCCACAAGGAGCGGGUGUUGGACACCCAGCUGAGCGUGGAGGCCUCAGCGGGCAUCGGCCUGGGCAUCGGCCUGCUGUGCGGCCUGGUUACCAUGCUGGUGCGCUCCGUGGGCCUCUUCAUGACCGGCCUGUUGCUGGGCCUGUUGCUCGCCCUCGCCGCCCUGCUGGUCUCCCACCAGUUCUACACCCCCACCACCGUCUGGGUGCCCCUGGGGGCUCUGCUGGCCACGGGGAUGCUGUUGGCUGUACUCACCCUGCAGUGGCAAAGGGUCUUCACCGUGCUGUCCACGUCUGUGUUCGGGGCGGCCAUCAUGACCGCGUGCGCCGACUACUUUGUAGAGAUGCUGACGCUGGCCGACCACUUGUACGCGUGCCUGAGGCUGUCGCCCGCCGCGCCACUCUGCUGGUACAGCUGGGUGAUCCUGGGCGUCUGGCCGGCGCUCAGCUUCAUGGGGCUGGUGGUUCAGUGGAAGCUGACUGCCGACGGAUUCUCCCACACGGAGGUCAUCAUCAGCAGGAGGCAGAAGCGGGUCCAGUUGAUGCGGAUCAGGCAGAAAGACGCCAAGAAACGUCAGCAGAGCGGUGGGCAAGAGGGCACCUAUCGCCGCAAGCCCACCCCAGUGAAACGCUACGCCGGAGACCUCCUCGCACCGAGCUACCUGCAGAGCCUGAGGGACAGGCAGAUUUGCACGGGCACGUCCCUCAGCAGCCUGGGCACUGCCAACCACACCAUGAUUGACUGUGACUACGAGACCGGCUCCACUGUGCCCCUCACCGCCACCACUAGUGUCAUCAGGGUCUGACGCACGCCCGUUCCUCGCCCCUCCUCCCCAAUGUACUGUACUGUCCACCCUGUUCUGUCCUCCGCUCUCAUCCAGGCCACUUGAGUCUGUAGAGUAGUGGACUGGAAUAGGGCCCUGAAUGCUGUCCAAGUGAAGAUCAGCGCGCACCAAAAUGUCUCAGCGCCUCCAGCGCACUCUAGCGUACCUCUCUAGUGUACUUCCUAGGAGUGGUCGGGGGUCAUUUGACCCCCUGCCUGGGUGCUAUAACCACUGUGUCAAGAAGACUGGAUCUGUGUGACCUCUCCAUGGGCUGACCGGUCUGAGAGGUGGCCUGGCCUUGUGAAGAGGCAGACGGCUUCUGCCAGAGACUGAGGAUGAAGAGCUGUAGAACUGUAGGAUGAAGAGCAAACACGCAGUCAUAAGAAGCCGGAUUCAUUUCUGAGAUCAUGGACUUUCUCUGAUAUCAUGUGAUUUGUUGAUUGAAUAUGGGACAAAUCCCUUCACGGAUUAAAAUGGAGUCACAUAUAAAAAUAGGAAUAGGAAUGGCCAUGAGUAGCACUAGCGCUACCUCCUGGAGUGUUAUCCACCCUUGUAAUUGAAGUUGACCGUGCUUAAAUGUCUUGAAAUAUAUCAGUGGCAAGUGAAACGCCUUACAGAACAGGACACCAGCUGUUGCUAAGCAGGCACUGUGAUGGACAAUGAAGAAAUAUGUGAAAACACAGUUCUCUGUUGUGUGUAAGUGUGUGUGCGCAUUGGUAAUGUUAAGGAGUGUGUAUAAUGUUUACCUGUCCCCUGUGUGAUACCCAUAUAGUCUUAGUGUAGCAGACAUAGGACUAGAGAUACAUGGCACCAUUAGGUGCAUAAAUACAAUAACAGAUUACAUUGACAACUGUAAAGGUUUGUUUUUCUAGUUACUACAGUGCCUUUUUUAAGACUAUGCUGUACAAUACAAUGUUGUUUUGAACCACACCUUAUGUCAGUUAUUUU